AUGGCCAUCUCGAUCGCAGACAGUUCUUGUAGUCCGACUAGGUCUCUGGGUCUUUUGCUGGAUCCAGAAAAGGCCGACCUCCCUCGUCCCAAACAGAGCAUGUGGCAUCGCUUUGGUUUGCGCAGAUGGCUGGGUCGUGAUGAUCGAGACUCUUCUUCCCAGUCCACUGCGGGGGGCACCUCCUUCCCCAGUCAUAACGACAAAAAUAACAACAUCAAUGAUACAAGCAAUGUCAAUGCCGGCAACACCAAACCUCAUGACAACCUCACUCGCAAACUCUCAAGAAAAGUCGGCGUCGGCCUUCCCAGGUCUACCACAUUCAAAAGACAGAAUUCCGAGCGUCGUGAUAAUCUAGCCCCCUUGGAACCAGGGCCCCGUCGUGCCGCUUCCGCCGACCGACCUCGCACACUGAGCGCCCAGCGGACUCGGAGCCGGUCUCCACCGCCUGCCGUCGACCCCAGAUUGUCCGCUCCCGAGGUUCCCUGGCACGAUCCGGACGAGACCACGGUUGAAGAGCUUCCAGAAGCGAAUGAGGAUAGCGAUCUCCGCUCAGAAUGGGACCCCUAUCCGGCCAUGACGGAAGCACCCGAAGAGCCGCCGGAAGAUAUCAUCGAGAUGGAGUUGGAGAAACGGUGGAUUUUGAACUUGAGCAUGCACUUUCGCGACCGCUCCGAGCGUGAAAAAUUUUUCGUCACAUAUGCAGAGACGCCCAAUCGCUGGCGAAGGGUUACCAUCUCCUGCGAUUACCGCGGCGCCCCUCCCGAUUCGCUUGAGCAAGACCUGAAGGAAUUACGCUACCAACGAGACAAAUGCGCCCGGAUCUAUGAAUCAAUUCGCGAGUCAUUAACUGAAAUUCAAUUCUACGACACAGUCACGAAUCUGAAGUUGGAAACUCGGGAUGGCCGAUUGCACGUACACGUAACGGAAGACGUUAACGAGAUCAUCCCUUACCCACCCAUCUCCUGCAUUGGCCACUUGCCCGACUCUCGACUCGUCUGCGAGGAUCAGCUGCAUUUCGAGGCGCACUUGUCGGGAUUUGUAUAUAAUGUACGACUGAAUGGCAAGUCUUACAUCAAAAAGGAGAUUCCCGGCCCUGACACGGUGGAUGAGUUCUUAUACGAGAUCAACGCGCUACAUGCAUUGCAAGACAUUCCGAACGUUGUCCAGGUAGAAGGGGUGGUCGUCGACGAACAUGAAGAAGUAGUCAAGGGCUUGCUCAUCAGCUUUGCGGAGAAGGGAGCGUUGGUUGACAUUUUGUACGAGCACCGAGGUACAAUCUCAUGGGAGCAACGGGAGCGCUGGGCGAAACAAAUCGUUCGGGGUCUUUGUGAGAUUCACGAGGCUGGCUAUGUGCAGGGGGACUUCACUCUGUCCAACAUUGUGGUGGAUGCCAAUGAUGAUGCCCAGAUCAUAGAUAUCAAUCGACGAGGCUGCCCUGUAGGAUGGGAACCUCCUGAAAUUGCUGCGAAGAUUGAAAGCAACCAACGAAUUUCCAUGUAUAUCGGAGUCAAAACAGAUCUUUACCAGCUAGGAAUGACGCUAUGGGCGCUGGCGAUGGAAGAGGACGAACCCGAACGACAACCACGUCCGUUAGUACUGGGCCCAGAUGUGGACGUACCAGAAUAUUAUCGAAGGCUGGUGGCCGUCUGCUUGAGCUCGAGGCCUCGGGACCGGCUAUCAGCCAAGGAGCUUUUAAAUUUCUUUCCGCGCGAAUAUAUACCAACAGAGCAGCCUCCUUCCUUGAUGUACCCACGACAUCUGAGCCAUGGGAUAGGGCUGAACAAUGGCGCUCUACCAUUAUAUAAUCACCGAGUCAUUGCGGCUCCGGGGGCUUUCUUAAAUCAUCAUGCUGGGCCUGUAGAUAGCACGGGAUGGCAUCUCAGUGCCCCAUUAUCACCGGACGAUGGAUACGAUCCGCAAUAUCUUGACCCAAAUUUUCUUGCAGGAUUCGAAGGAGAAGAAGAGCAGCGAGGCAGGACAAGGGAAAGGCGAGACAGCAAGCCUCUAGAAUCCAACCUUAGGCCAGAACCUCACAGCUUGGGAAAUCAUCUAGAUCCAACGGCAUUUGCCGCUCCAAUACCGUUCUCGAGAAGCUUGGAGAGUGACCAGGCACGGACGCACCUAACUACUCAAGGGGGUGGAGAAAAUGAAAUUGAUCUAGACGCAGAUUUCGAUCUUCGCUAUCGGGAUAUUUCUCUGGAUCGAGCAGCAAACUUACUGCCCUUGGAGGCUGACACUUUAUCUGGGUCACUUGCUGGCGUUGGCAGCCAUCCGGCCUGUUCGUUGGGACCAAGUUCCACAAAGAAAUCGUCCCCAGACUCUGCGAAUUGUGGAGAAUCCCCUUUAUCUGCGGCAACCCAAUCUACCGAUCCGUACGCAGCAACUGUGCCAGAUUUAGGUCAUGCACUAAUCCGUGAUCAGGACUGGUCCAACCAGAUGCCUUCACGUUCGGUAUCCUCCCUGUUGCAUUCCAUAUUACCUAUCAAUCCUGCCCUCAGUUUGUCGGAAUCAAAAAUGAUGGAGGGGAAUGCAGAGCGCUUCUCUCCCCUGACCGUUCGGUCUGCAUUAAGAUAUCCUCGGCAGAUUCUCCAGAACACGCCUUAUCUGAGCGAUUCGCAUUUACCCAUAAACCCGGCAUUUGCAGAUAAAGCCCUGGCUUCCGUAUGA